GGAGCCGGGGCGCAGGUGGAGAGAGAUGCCUGGCCUCUCGGCGCUAGGCGCGGUGGCAGCCGCGCUGGUAGCAUCGAUGCUCCUGCUGCAGCGUGGGGAUGAGGGGUCCGGGGCUGGCCCUAGCAUGGCGGACAAGGGGGCCCUGCCGAAGCUUCGGGAAGACUUCAGGAUGCAGAAUAAAUCCGUCUUUAUUUUGGGCGCCAGCGGGGAAACCGGUAGAGUACUUUUGAAAGAAAUCCUGGGACAGAACCUGUUUUCCAAAGUCACGCUCAUUGGACGGAGGAGGCUCACCUUUGAGGAGGAAGCUUAUAAAGACGUGAAUCAGGAAGUUGUGGACUUUGAGAAGCUGGAUGAGUACGCGUCUGCCUUUCAAGGUCACGAUGUCGGAUUCUGUUGCCUGGGCACCACCAGGAAGAAGGCCGGAGCGGAAGGGUUUGUCCGUGUUGACCGAGAUUAUGUGCUGAAGUCUGCAGAGCUGGCGAAAGCAGGAGGGUGCAAACAUUUCAACCUGCUGUCCUCCAAGGGGGCUGAUAGGUCGAGCAGUUUCUUAUACCUACAAGUAAAGGGAGAAGUAGAAGCCAAGGUUGAAGAACUGAAGUUUGAUCGCUUCUCGGUGUUUCGACCAGGAGUCUUACUGUGUGACAGGCAAGAGUCCCGUCCGGCUGAAUGGCUGGUUAGGAAAUUCUUCAGCUCUCUGCCAGACUCUUGGGCCAGCGGGUACUCUAUACCUGUGGUGACAGUGGUUAGAGCGAUGCUGAACAACCUGGUGAGUCCUGGCAGCGGACAAAUGGAACUUCUGGAAAAUAAGGCCAUCCUCCACCUGGGGAAGGACAGUGAGGUGCCCAAGCUGUGAUCUCAGUGCUUGUCACCAAAUCAGUCACUUUGGGGUCUAUAAAAAGUCUCUCUGUGGCCCUUUGUGGUACGGGUUGAGAACAGGAAUCUGUGGUUGCGAGGCCAGCUCUGACACACUCCUACAGAGAUGCCUGAGCAGUGGGACCCUAGUGCUCCAGGCAGGCGAGUGCUCAUGGAGCCCACGAGCUGCCUGUAGCUGAGUGAAUACUGUGCCUUUACUCUGUGUCAGCACCGAAGUCAUAAAAUGAGCUUCUGUGAUUCAUGGGGGAAUAAAAGUAAACGGACAAA